AUGGACACGAAUAUACCGCCACUUCCGCAUCCCAAAAGUACCUUUACAAUCAAGAUCGGCCUCAUAGGGGAUGCUCAGGUUGGCAAAACAUCACUGAUGGUCAAGUACGUGGAAAACGUGUUUGACGAGGAGUAUACACAAACGCUGGGAGUAAACUGUCUGAGCAAGAAAAUAACGCUGGGCUCGGCUGAUAUUAUGUUCUACAUCAUGGAUCUAGGUGGCCAGCGAGAGUUUAUCAACAUGCUGCCACUUGCGUCUGAAGGCGCCAAAGCAAUUAUCUUCCUUUUCGAUCUUACGCGACCUGAAACUUUAAAAUCCAUCAAGGAAUGGCAUCGUCAAGCGACAGGGUUUAACGAGCAGGCUGUGCCCUUACUGGUAGGGACUAAAUACGAUCUAUUCGUGAAUAUGGACCCGGAGCUGCAAUCGCAAAUCUCAAGACAAAGCAUGCGGUAUGCCCAGGCUAUGGACGCACCGCUAAUCUUUUGCUCGACCUCGCAUUCUAUCAACGUUCAAAAGAUAUUCAAAAUCAUUAUCGCAAAACUCUACAAUUUAACCAUGCGUGCCUCGGAGAUCAAACAAAUAGGCGACCCACUGCUCAUAUAUAAAUAUUUGGGCGGUACGCGCAGGUCCGCUUCCGCGUCGUCCGAUCCGUCAAACGCUUCAAAUUAG